CAAAAGACAAUUUUCAGUUUCACAAAUUCAAAAAAUUCAAGAAAUACACCUCCCCUCCCAAUAAAUCGAAAACCUUCAUAACCGAUCUCUCAGGAAGAUCUCUCUUUAUCAUCGGCGCAACCUGCAUGUGAAGUUUGCUUUCUGGAGCUGGAGGAUGCUAUAUGUGUUUCUGAGGUUGCUUAAGGAAUUGGUUUCUGCUUAGUGCGUGACCUUUGAGUUGAGCAACUUUUGUCAAAAUGGGAACCCCAUACCGCAAUGGGGCUUUCAAAAGAUCGAAUGAUAGUGCCAGACUUGUUAUAACCACUAUCAUGGGAAUGGUGUUUGGAUACUUUGUCGGGAUUUCUUUUCCAUCUGUUUCUCUAACAAAGAUUAAUUUACCUUCAAGCCUUAUGUCAACUCUCGAUUAUGCUUUCAAUGAUGAUCAUACGCGUAAUACUGAGCGUAGUUUCCCGGAGAAUCUUGGUUCUGGUAGUACUCCUUUGACACCAAAGAUAUAUGUCCCGACUAAUCCUCGUGGUGCAGAGUCAUUGCCACCAGGGAUUGUGGUCUCAGAAUCAGAUUUUUAUUUACGAAGGUUGUGGGGUGAACCAAGUGAGGAUCUGACAAAGAAGCCCAAGUACUUGGUUACAUUUACAGUUGGUUUGGAUCAAAAGAACAACAUUGAUGCAGCAGUCAAAAAGUUUUCAGAGGAUUUUCAAAUUUUGCUUUUCCAUUAUGAUGGUCGAACGAGUGAGUGGGAUCAAUUUGAAUGGUCCAAGCGUGCAGUUCACAUCAGUGUUAGGAAGCAGACAAAAUGGUGGUAUGCAAAGAGGUUUUUGAAUCCAGAUGUUGUAGCUGCCUAUGAUUACAUAUUUAUAUGGGAUGAGGAUCUUGGAGUUGAGCACUUCAAUGCAGAGAAAUACAUUCAACUAGUUAAGAAACAUGGUCUUGACAUCUCUCAGCCUGGUCUUGAACCCAACAAUGGACUCACAUGGCAGAUGACUAAGAGGAGGGGUGACAGAGAAGUUCACAAGGAUACAGAAGAGAAACCAGGCUGGUGCAGUGAUCCACAUUUGCCUCCUUGUGCAGCUUUUGUGGAAAUAAUGGCUCCUGUAUUCUCUCGAGAAGCUUGGCGAUGUGUUUGGCAUUUGAUUCAGAAUGAUUUGGUGCAUGGAUGGGGAUUGGAUUUUGCACUAAGAAGAUGCGUAGAGCCUGCUCAUGAAAAAAUUGGUGUGGUCGAUUCACAGUGGAUUGUGCAUCAAGUUAUUCCUUCUCUGGGAAAUCAGGGUCAGCCCGAGAAUGGCAAAGCUCCCUGGGAAGGGGUAAGAGAGAGAUGUAGAAAUGAGUGGGCUAUGUUCCAAGACCGGUUAGCUAAUGCAGAUAAAGCGUACUUUGCCCAGCAUGAAAAAACUCGAGUAUAACAUGCCUCCGGAUGUUCUGUACAUUGCUUCUUUCACCUUCUUUCUCCUUUUUUCCAUUUCUAGGGGUUUGCUUUAUUCUUUUUCUCAGUAUCUGUUCUUUUUAGUAUUACCUUUUCGUUUCAAUAUUAGAGUAGUGAAGUUCUAUGUAGCUAGUGAACGCUAAACCAUUAGAUAUUGGAAGGUUUCUUGUGCAUAGAAUGACACUUCAAUAUAUGUAGUCAAUGGAUAAUGCGCACUUAAUCUUU